GCGUGCAGCAAAUACGAAUUACACGGAAAAUGGCGACAGUCGAGUCCCUCACUGCGCAGAUCGCGGAGCAGAGUGCGCUGUUGAACGACCUGCGGAAGCAGCAGGCGGAGGCGGCCACUGUCGAGGAGGUCAAGAAGAAGCUCGGCGAGCUCAAGAGGAAGCUCGGACAGAUGGCUGGAGGCUCUUCGAAGGAUGGCGGGAAGAAGAAGGAGCGGAUUCUAUUGAAGACACCAAAGGGCACCCGUGACUAUGGCUCGGGCGAGAUGCACUGCCGCGAGCACAUUGAACGGAUUGUCAAGGACUGCUUCACGACCUAUGGUGGCUCGUGUCUCGACACACCGGUCUUCGAGCGAAAAGAGAUCCUCGCCGGCAAGUACGGCGAAGACGCGAAGCUCAUCUUCGACUUGAAGGACCAAGGGGGCGAAGAACUCGCACUUAGAUACGAUCACACUGUUCCUCUUGCACGAUACCUCGCCAUGAACGGCGCUAUCAUCCAGGCGAAGCUUUGGCAGGUCGGCAAGGUCUACCGAAGAGACAACCCAGUCAUGUCGAAGGGUCGCAUGCGUGAAUUCUCGCAAGCAGACUUCGAUAUUGCUGGCGUAUACGAUACGAUGAUCCCAGAUGCCGAGAUCAUUAGCCUGGUUUGCACCAUCUUGACGCGGUUAGAGGUUGGAGACUUCACUAUCAAGAUCAACCACAGAAAAAUCCUCGAUGGUAUCUUCGAAGUGUGCGGAGUCCCUCCAGAAAAAAUUCGUCCUAUUUCGUCUGCUGUCGACAAGCUCGACAAGAUGGCGUGGGCAGACGUCAAGAAGGAAAUGACAGAAGAGAAGGGCCUCGACCCCGCCGUCGCGGACAAGAUUGGCGAGUACGUGAAGCACAAAGGCGGCCCGCCGCUGCUAAACCAGCUCCGUGCGGACCAGGCGCUGAUGGCCAACGCGAGCGCAAAGCUCGGCGUCGAAGAGAUGGACGUCUUGUUCCAAUAUCUCGAGGCGUACCAGGUCGUCGACAAGAUCUCCUUUGAUAUGUCCCUCGCGCGCGGCCUCGACUACUACACUGGCAUCAUCUAUGAAGCCAUCACUGAGGCGUCUGCGCCGCCGGGCUUCAAGGACGCCAACGCCAACGCCGCGCCAUCCGAGACGGCGCCCGCGGCCGCGUCCGCGCCGGAGCCGAAGAAGGAGAAGAAGAAGAAGCCCGCGGCCGGCGAGGAGGAGGAGGAGGAGGUCGACGAGAGCAAGGUCGGCGUCGGCUCGAUCGCGGCGGGCGGGCGGUACGACAGCCUCGUCGGCCUGUUCACGGCCGCCGCGGCGGGCGAGGGCAAGAAGGCGGCGCAGCUGCCGUGCGUGGGCGUGUCGAUCGGCAUGGACCGCAUCUUCGCGCUCCUGUGGCCCCGGUGGGUCGAGCGCGGGAUGCGCAGCAAGGACACGAUGGCUUACGUCAUGGCCGCCGGCGACGGCCUGCUCACGGAGCGCGUCCGGCUCGUGCAGGAGCUCCGCGAGGCGGGGAUCAAGGCGGACUUCAUGCUCAAGAGGAAGCCGAAACUGCCUGCGCAGUUCGACGCGGGCGAGAAAGACGAGGUGCCGUUCGCGAUCAUCUUCGGCGGCGAUGAGAUUAAGGAUGGGCUCGUCACAGUCAAAGAGCAACGCUGGGAGAUCGGCGACGGGGAGAGACGCAAAGUGCGGAGCGACGACAAGGGCACCAAGGUCAAGCGCAUAGAGCUUAUUGGCUGGAUCAAGAGCACAUCGACGUAUCAGGGAUGGUCGAGUGGCAAGCUGGCGUAGACGAUUUAACGAUACAUUCCAUGACGACCGCAUGGGACUCCGAGUCUAGCUGACGCUAGUUUAUCACUCCGCAUUAUGCCUAGAAAGACAUGCCA